CUUGCUGCAGUUAGUUCAGAGCUAAUAAAAUUGUAAUUUUCAAUUUUUCAUUUAAUCGAAUCAAUUAAUUUGAUUGUGAGCAUGAAUUCACGUCGACGUUGGCGCGAUGAAAGUCCGGAGGAGGUGGAGCCCAUGGAAGUGAGUGGGCGUCCGAGUAAGUUUGCGCGUCGCACGGAUCACAAGGAGGUCAUGGGCACCAUUGAGAAUCUGAUGGUGAAGCUGAGCGACUACAACAGCGCCACGGUGCAGGGCCGCAUCGAGGACUUGAGCUACUAUGUUACGGACACGCUGCACAUCUACAAAUGGGAUAUACUGAGGAUUUUGAUUGAGUGCGUCGUAAAGUAUCCGAUGCAGAGCGGUGCCUAUGCCACCUUCGUGGGCCUGGUCAAUGUGCGGGACUACGAGUUCGGUGGCGAGUGCCUCAACUGCCUGAUGCAGCAGCUGCUGAAGUCGCUGCACGAGGGCGAGUGGACGAAGGCGCAGAGCUUGGUCCUGCUGCUGGGCGAUCUGGUCAAUACGAACGUGUUGACUGUGGGCUCGAUGCUGCAGCUACUCAACGCCUUGACCGACGUCUGCGAGGAGGAGGGCUCGCCCCAAAGACGUCGCGAUUUCUAUGCGCAUUUGGUGCUCAGCGCGCUGCCGCUCAUAGGACGCGAGUUGUAUGAGAAGAAGGAGACGGCGCUGCAGGCGCUGCUCAAGCGUCUGCAGCUCUACAUCAAGAAGGAGCGCAGCUGCACAGAGAGUGCUCGACUGCUGCGCAUCUGGAGCAACAGCGAUGUGCCGCAGCACGAGUAUCUGGAGCUGUUGUGGCUGCAGAUCAUGCGCCUGCUGCGCGACAAUUGGAUCGAGAAGGAGCUGCUGCGUCCCUAUGCCGCCUUCGAUGACACCUUGAGCACCGCGCUGCAGCAUCACUUGCCCGCACUGCAGCCGCCUCGUCAUGAGGACGACUCGCUGGCCUAUCCGCGACCCUGGCUGGUCUUUCGCCUCUUCGAAGUCAGCGACUUUCCGCCGAACAUGCACAUGCCGGACGAACUGGACAUCGGGCGGCAUGCCAUCGAGGCGCACAUCAUGGAGACGGUGCAGCUGCAUCAUUUGGAGCGCAAGACCUGCGCCGAGCGCCUGAUGGCCUACUGCGUGGCCAAGCCAACGCUGCCCAUGGAGCACUGCAUCAUCGAGGUGCUCUUAGGGCAGAUGCUGCAGCUGCCCAUCUCGCCGCUGCUGACCAUCAACUAUGGCGCUCUCAUCAUUGAGCUCUGCAAGUUGGUGCCCGAUAAAUUUCCACGCGUCGUCGCCCAGGCUGCCGAUAUGCUCUACACGCAGCUGGAAAAUAUGAAUGCCUCCAGCUUCGAUCGGUUUGUCAACUGGUUUUCGCAUCACUUGAGCAACUUUCGCUACCAGUGGAACUGGCAGGAUUGGGAGAACUGCAUCACUCUGCCCGAACUGCAUCCCAGCAGUAUGUUUGUACGCGAACUACUCAAGAAGUGUAUGCGGCUCAGCUAUCACCAGCACAUUGUGCAGUUGGUGCCGACGACGUUUGCGGCGAUGCUGCCCGCUUCGCCAGAUCCGAACUUCAAGUAUAUCAAUGAGCUGCUCCCUGGAGCGAGGUUAGCCAAGCACCUGCUGGAAGCGGUGCGCGCCAAGUGCGCACCGGAGCUGUUGGGCGGUCUGAUUGAAGCCUCCACAGAGCUGGAAGAUGGGCUGAAGAUCAAUGUGCUGAUGCAUACAUUCCUGCACUUGGGCUGCAAAUCCUUUACGCAUAUCUUUUCCAUAUUUAACAAGUUUCAGCCCGUGUUGAAGAUGCUGGCCACCAGCGAGGCCAAUCAGAUGGCCAUGCUGAACGCUUUGUUUGAGCUGUGGGCGAGCAACGAGCACAUCAAGUUGGUUGUGGCCGACAAAUUGAUGAAAAUGCAUAUCGUGAGCAACCAUGCCAUAGUGUCGUGGGUCUUCCAUCCCACGCUCAAGCCGGAGUUGGUCAAGAUGUACAUGUGGGAGCUGCUCAACAUGACCGUUAAAUACACCAAGCACUAUAUGCGCGCCACUGAAGAGUGUCAGUUCACUGACUCGAAUGUCCUGCUGCUGGAGAUAGUGCAAAGCUGCAUUAAAGUCCUUGCGGCGCAUCAGAAAAUGGAGCAGAAUCUGGAGACGGAUUACUGGUUCGACUGGGUCCAGGGUCGCCUGCUGGAGCUGCUCUUCAACUUUAUGGAUGACGGGCGCAGCAUCAGCAGCAAACUGCGGCAAAUCGCGCUCGAGCUGGAGGACACCAAGCGCUUGGCCAAUAUGUUAAAUGAUUACUUAAACUAUGUAGCAUAGGCUCAAGCUGAAUUAUUAUGAUAAAAUAUGU